AUGCAUAACUCCAAAACGCAUAAGCCUCAUCGACCUCGACACAAGGAUGUUUCCAAGCAGCACAAUUCAAAACCAAAAAAGCAUCAUCGAAAACAUCAUCGCUCAAAAAACGUCCUAGACCCCAUACAAGAGACAUCCGUAGAGAAAAUACAUGUAGAUCAGAACGCUUGUGGUGAUUUUGCAAAAGAUAAUGUCAAAAACGUUGCUAAAGACAAGCAUAGAAGAAAGAAAAAAGUAAAAAAAAAUAGUGAAAAAUGUAAAUCAGAGGAAAAUAAUGACAACGCAAUUAAAGACCAAAAUAAACAUUCAGAAAACAAAAAAGCACGAAAGACAAGUGCAGAUAUACAAAAAGAAGACAAAAAAUGUCAUCAAGACCAAUCCACAACCAUGAAAGAAGAAGAAAUACGAAAAAUUGUCGAAAGCAAUAUGAAAAACUAUUUUGCCAAAUUUCAGCAUAUUCUCGAUAAAAAACUGGAUGGUUUCAUGCAGUUUGCUAAAAAAGAUAACGAAAAAUCCAUCCCAAAACUAGAUGAAAACGAACCACCAAAAUCUAAAACCAGAGAAAGCAAAAGAAGUGAUUCUGCUGAUGUAAAGAAGGAACGAAAAUACAAAGACGAAAUUGUGAAUGAAGUACUAAAAAAACUACGUAAAGAAGAAAGAAAAACAUAA